UUUUUCCUAAUCAACGUAGGUUAAAUAGUGCGAACCUGCAGCGUUAGGUUUACUCUUAUACAGAACACUUGAACCAGAGCAAUGGCUUUCACAGGAACCUGGACACGAAAAUCAGUUGAAAAUGGAUUGGCCGUCCUACAGCAUAUUGGCUUUCCACAAGAGAAGAUCGAUGCAAUUAAAGACGCCAAAGUUGUGAUCGAAAUUAAACAAGACGGAGACAAGUUUGUCGAAAAGAUGACACUUGGAACAAUUGUGUCGAAUACUGAAAUGGAAGUUGGCAAAGAAUCGGAAUUCAAACUUUUAACUGGUGGUUCUGUGAAGGCGGUACCAGUAUAUGAUGGUACAAACAAAAUCACGGCACAAUAUGAACACAAAGGAAUUCAUUAUUCCGGCUACAGACAACUGACGAGUCCAACCGAGUUCACGGACUACGUCGACUUGGACCAUGGAAAAGUUAUCGCAAAGUUUAUCUACACCAAGUCGGGAUAAAAACUCUUACUAGCUAUGUCGCAGAACUGAACUCUUCUCGAAAAUAAAAAAAAACUACUGAAAAAUAAAA